AUGCAGUACUGGAUCUUCAUAAAUUCGGUUGUGGUAUUAAGCCUAAUUUGGUUUAAUGGGAGUAGCAAUGGCAGCGAAGAUCUUGGUAAGUUCACGCGUGACAACGCACGCUGAUUUCCCCUCCAAUUUUAUCGAUUGUACGAUGUUGUUAACCAUAGAUAUGAUAGAUAUUUUUGAUCUCAAAGUUUACGUUUACAAAAAGGCCCGUUACGACUGUCACAGCCAACAGCCUCGCUAACCUGGCGCUCGCAAUUUGAAUGGCUAAUCUUUAAAAGUAUUUUAGUCUUCCAGUUCGCUCACUUUCGUGUGGUUUCGAAGGCAAUCUAGUUUGUGUCCUGCAUUUGUCCGUUCAUUGUCAUAUAAUAUGAAAAAAGAUCCCAUAUACUUCCAAGUCCCUGCUUAUGCGCUUACAUUGUAAGGGUAUUGUCUUCGAACUUAGCAAAUGAAAGGAUGGGAACUGCGUGGCUGAUCUAUAGUCUUUAAUCUUUAUUUUUGUCCAGACAAGUGACAUUUUUCUUUUGCGCUGGAUGCCGCAUCGGUUGAACAAGAGCAUUACGAAAUUAUUUCCCAGGAAUGCGAAAGUGUGUUGCCGGAUUGUAAAUUUAACAUAAAUACCCAGUCCAUACAGACAGAAAAUGAAUUCGCGAGUUUCAGCAUGCACCAAAUACUGAUGGGCAACGUUUCACAUCAGCAAAAUGUGUACGUAAGACAGUUGGGCAUUUGCUUGCGUUUUUUGCUGUCUUUUUUAGUUGCGUGAUACAGUGAACGGCUGACAGGACUGAGUGCUCACCUCAUUCAUUUUAUAUUGUUCUAAGUUUCUAACACAGACGUAUGGGUAAAAAGCAGACUGGCUCGAGCCGUUUCUUCACUUUUCUGGACUUGCGAACUCUGGCAGGAGUCUAUCAUCAGAAAUGACAAUGGCAGUAUUUCUGUUCUCUCAACUUGAAACUAAAACGGCCAAGUAGUCCUGACGAACUUAUUUUGACGAGUGCCCUCUGUUUACAUGAAGGAACUACCAUAGGACUCAGGAUUCCCUAUCCAUAUGUCGCCCAUUGUCAUGCGCUUGGCACAUGCUAGUGCUGUCCGCCGACCUAUCCAAAGUGCGGGACGGGAGUGAACGAUUCCGUUUCUGCUGUGGACCAGAAUGCCGACAGCCCGUAGAGGCUGUCGGCUAUUUUAAUUCCAAUCUCAAUGUGAUUGCACGUACUAUAACGUAGUCGAGGUUGCGGAUUCAUCAUGGUCCACAGUAAGGGCACUAGUCUGUGAGAUGACUGCUGGUGAAGCCCUGUUGAAUUCUAUUUCAGUUUCUGGUCCGUCACUGGUGAUUUUCUCGCCAGCUUGAUGAUUAUCGAAAGCAGACCAUAUUAUGGAUGCAUGGCCCGCAAUUCAUUACUUUUCAUGCGGGCAGAUUCUCCUUUUUCUUGAUGGAACUCCGUUAAAGGCCGAUCUGUUAGCGUUCGAUUGUGGACAUUUGUAGGAUUUCGCAUCUAGUCUUGCAGCUAGACCCAGUCCUAUUCGGUAGCCGUUCUCAUGGUUUUGGAGUUUCUGUUAAGUUUGUCAAUAAUGAAUACUCCAGAGCCAUGCCAGAGGUUAGCACAUUUGGUAAGAGUGAUUCGCCGGACGUGGGACCUUUUAGUGUCCUGGGUCUUUUGUUAAUCUGGUACCAAACUAGCCGGCCAACUACCAUCUCGAGUGACUAUCCUGACUUAACUGAUGGCCGCCCUAUUCUGAAUGCCCCCUACCCGUUGGCAUUUUGGUUACAGUCCGUGAGCUUUUUAGCUGAAACUACACUUUGCAUCUUUAUGGCUGACUUUGCGUGCUUUUGUUUCUCUUCACCACUUUGCCUGUAAGCUGUGGGGUCCGACCCCGCUGGGAGUCCUCUGCCCCAUCGUUUAAUCUUUCCUUCUGGUAAGAUUAUCACGACUCACCUACCAUUCCUUAUCUUAGAAAGUCAGUCAUGGACAUGGACACGUUUGUAUUGACCCAAUUGUUGGCACCACUUUCUAUGUGGGGCCAAAUCUUCCUGGCAAGACAUAAGCUAUAUCGUAGCUACUUCUGUAGUCGCCAAAAUGUCGACAUCUAUCUAACGGCCAACAGGUUCACAUUCUUUUCAAGGGUUUAAUAGAAACGGACAAGACAGACUAAAACAAGCAGUUUUACCCGCCGUACUCAAGCCCAAUGUACGGAAGAUCUGAGAUUCGGAAUUGUGUCCGCUUGUUCGCCGAUCUUAAUGCUGCACGAUCUGUGUCCUGAGACCAUACACUGUCGGCUGUAUUCGGGAUUAGUCGAAAGCUGGUGAAGGUGACGCCCAUUGCUGUGGCAUUAGGCUGCCGUUUCAUCUGCUACUGUAUUUGCGUUGUACAUUUCCUCUUCCUUUUAAUUAGCCUCCGAAACUAUGUGCUUACUAUGGCUGAUCAAUGCUUUAUCACCGACACAAGUUGAGGCCGAUGGCGCGGUAUGUAAUCUUGGCCUGCACAAGUUCACAAGCACCCUUAUCUAUUAGUAGUUCUGUCACUCUUAUGCAUGCAGUGACAACAUAACCCUGGUAAUGUGCCUCUGACCGUAUACAAAAUUUAACCACUUGGGAUAUUAAACAAUGACACGCUCAUCGUCAAAACCCAUGAUUUAUCAUUUCCCUAUCUGUCCAUGCGGUCACAUACGUCUGACAUAACCUCACCAAGGGCCGCUUAGAAUUUUUGGCUGUACUUUUCUCGGCAUUUCCAACGCGGUCAGACGACUAUAAACGUGUGGUAUUGUGAGCAUCCCAAGUGCCGAGAUCCACCCCUGUCCCAGUGAGUGAGCGCGAGAUGGUUUGCGCGUGAAUUUGUUUAUAUUGGGGUUGUCUUGCGCCGCUUCCACUUCACUCCCCCCACACAUUCACUGUUUUUUUGAGUGGGCAUGGACGCAGUACAUACCUUGGACUAACUGGCCCCUAACUACAUACGUACUGGGUUCCAUUUUGUAGUAAGGGACAUAAUAACCACGUUAAGUAGGGUGCACUGCAGCCCAACCUCCAAGCCUCUGAAAAACCGAGUUACUGUCAAUUAGUAACCUGCCAACCCAUAAUCGUUAUCAUGCUAUAAUAGCUUCCUUAGUUAUUCUCACGAUAUUCCGCCAGCGUCGGCAUGACAGUACACCCCAGAACCUGGGUGUCAGGAAUCAGUUUCUGCUACUCCACUUUGUAUAUACUCCAAACCCAACCUAGGUGGACGUCUUGGAGCUCUCUCGCUUGACGUAUGCUGUUAAGAUAUCAGCGCCGUACAGUAGCGUUGUCAUGAUAAAAGCAUGCGCAUUCUGACUUAUGCGUCAACGAACAUGAUAUGUCAACUCCAGGCUGUAGCCGGCCAAAGGUCUAACUGGCUCUAGAGAUCUGCGCUGUAAGCUCGAUGCGGAUUUUUAUGAUUUCCAAGAUCUUACCCAGGUAAGAAAGUCGGUUUACCAUUUGGAGGCUAAAGUUACCAUGGAUCCAGUGUAUCCACCAGUUGACUGAUUAGACCAUAGUAAUGGUUUUUUGCGUGUUGAUGGUCAAUCAUAAGUGUGCAUGUCUGGAAGUGAAGAGGUCCACAUCAGUCGCUAUGUUCAAUGUACAGUCGUCGUCACAUAGGAAGUCAUGUAUUCUGGUUGUAGAGCUUUUUCGAGGGUCUCCAUAUGGCAGUUUAUGCCGAUGCCUUGUCGCUCCUCUCAGUAGACAUCCACUAGCUAAUACCUGUGUUGUCAAUACGGUAAACAAGUACACAAUUCUACAUCCACUAGCGUUGCGCAGGAUAGAAGGACUUCACAGUCACGUAACCGCGAAGGUUUCCAGUGUUUAUCCAUUCAUCACAUGCACACCUCAUCAAAUCGUCAUAAAGUUUUCUGAUUAUCACUGUUGGCUGUUUGAGGCAUCCGGAUGUUCUCAGUACUCCUUAGGUCAUCACGGUUUCCCGUAUCGAAGGCGUUGGUGAGUCUCACGAAGAUGACCUUUAGCCCCGAAGAUGAAGUCCAUGGUCCCGCGCAUUUUGUGAACCCCAUUGAUUGGGAGGGAGGGACAGUCCUCGGCGACUGUCGCAUUUUGUCGAUUCCUUUGGCCGUUGUACAAAUGAACUAUGUCCUUGUCACUACCUCUGCUGUAACAGUGAUGAAAACUUGUCCAUGAGCCGGAGCGGGUGUAUUUGAGGAUUGCGACAGAAGGAGCAGAAGGGGCCGUUUCUCUGAUUGCGUUCACGGCUCACGAUCAGCUUGUAGACGGCGCACUUUUCUCACCCGUUCCCCAUGAGGAGGCGGGUGCCUUGGGCUGCUGCUACAACUUUAGUUUGGAGUGAAUGUCGUCCUGGUCAGCGUGAAUCACCAACGAUUUUGCACGUCAUGUUCUCCGCAGGAGGGGAGUGAAGACGCAGAGCCGUGACUGAAUUUGCAUGAAGCCUAUGCGUGCCACGGCAGGACUGGAUUCAUACCCACUAAAUGAACCAGGCUUCAGACGGCUUCAGAGAAGCCCCAUCGGAUGCCCUCAUCUCGUAGAGCACAGCUUGAUAGAGCGGCAAUCCAGCACUGGGUCCAGGGGAACAUCUACCCACUAAAAGCGAAGAGAUGAGUCCCAGGAAGAGUAUUCUUGAAGAAGGAGACACGAUCGCUGGGACAGGAGCUUUAUUAGCCUGACGUCAGGUUAAUAGGGCUCCUGUCCCAGCGAUCGUGUCUCCUUCUUCAACAUCUACCCAUUGCAGUCUUUUGUUCUGCUUGGCAGACGUCAGAUGCGUCAGGUGCCCCUGUCUCUGGCGAGGAGUUAUAGCGUAAAUCCGAAACGUCGGACGAAUAAAUCUCCUGUUCCAGCGAUCGCAUCUACUUGACAUUAGCAGGUCCGGUUAGCGAACGUAAAAAAUCCGAGUCGAUAAUCUGAGAAAAGGGCACUGCUCGCCGGAUCGAGGGAAUUGUUUAGCUGACGUUUCGAAGAGCUUGGGCGGCUCUCCAUCAUUAAAGCGUCGAGUGCAAACAUCGAUCAGAAUUUUAAAUAGACAGCCGAAUUAGUUGGCCUUGGGCUGAUCAGUUUUUUGUCUUCUUUCGCUGCCUUGGCCUACUGACCAUCGGUUGUGAGUGUUGGUGGCCUCCUGUAUUGUGUGUCAUCACCUCAAUUGGGGUUAGUUACCUUUAUGUCGCCCUUUUGGGUCGACAGGCCGUGCUUGCUUCGUAUUCUUACGCUCCGUAUGACUGUUUGGUCCUUUUCACGACGUAUGUAGUGAAGUAGGACUUUAUAGGCCGCAGAAAGGUCUAAAUGCCUGUUGAUGGAGUUGGCAUCUGAGUAACGAGCCGGAAAUGUGAACCGUUCUGCCCUUGAGGUGCCGCGACCUAAGACGGCUGCUCCUUAAAAGUCUAAACUGUGGCCACCUCCGAUGUGAGUCGCAAGUUGUGAGUUCGGGUCUAGUCUGCGAGGUGCCAGUUUCCCCAACGUAGUUGCAGUCUCCGUCGUUACAACGUAUUUGAUAGACAACUGCUCAGGUUUAAGUGGGUGACAGUAUGUCUUUGGGUUGCAUCAAACGGCCAUGAAUUGCUGCCUGGGAUCGAUGGCAAAUGCCUACCCUGGCGGGUUGUAACAGUCGUGAAACCGCCUCAGAGACUCCCUUACUGUAAGGACUAGCUCUCCAGACUUCGGGUUGUUCUUCUUGUGACCGUCUUCCGUUCAUUCGGCGUUUGCUUUGCUUGAUAAAGUAGCUUAGGUAUCCAUUGACUUGAAAGAGGUCAUGAAGAUAUUGUCGUCAAACUCUUUUGUCGUCUGGUGUGCUUCAGUGUGUUUUAACUCCUUGGAAAAGAUUACGGACAAAGCUGCGUUUGUGUGUGUGUGAGAGAAAGGGUGAUUGCUGUGGAAGUGAAGUAUUUGUCUUGUGUUGGUGGUCUUUCUGAAAACUGUAGUUUUUAAUUGCCCAGUUGCACACCGACGCAUAAGGACAUCGAGGAAGGGAUGUUGGUUGUUUGUUUCAGCCUCCAUCGUGAAUUGGAUAUUCGGAUCAACCGAGUUCCGUAAUUCUUUAAGGUGCUCCACGUCAGAUGAUUUGACAAUGGCAGGAGUGUCAUCGACGUAACGAGCCCAGAACUUUGGGUGAUACAUGGCGAACACCAAGCGUUAUAUCCGUUGAAGGACCACUUCAGCAAUCAGCCCUGAUACGGCGGAGCCCAUAAGGGUGCCUUUGAUUUGUUCAUACAUUUGUCCACCAAAGGUAAAAUAUGUUUUAGACUGUGGUGUAUUACGCCCACACUCGACGACGACGAAGGUCGUGGUGACUACGACUGCUGACCAGGACGAUGUUGUGAAUGUUACCACUGGGCGGAAAUUGCAGACCCGCCUACAUGGGCAUAAACGGGUAACUCGGAGACUAGACCCAAACUCACAGCUUGUGACUAACAUCGGAGAAACUGGCAACAGUUUUGACUUUCAAGGAACAGUCUUCUUAGGCCGGGGCACCUCAAGGACAGAACGUCUCACAUUAAAGGCUUGGUACUCAGAUGCCAACUCCAUCAACAGGCACCUAGACUUUCCUGUGGCCUAUAAAGUCCUACGUCAUUACAUAUGCAGUGACGAGGAGAAGAAGAGCACGGAGCAAACACUACCUGUCGACCAAUUCACCCAAAAAGGGGACACAAACGCAACUAACUCCAAUUACGGUGACGACACACAAUACAGGAAGCCACAAACACUCGCAAGCGACGGCUGGUAGACGAAGACAGCGAAAUAAGACAAAAAAAUCGAUCAGCCCAAGGCCAACUAGUUCGGCUGUCUAUUUAAAAUUCUAAUCGAUGUUUGCACCAGACGCUUUUAUAAUGGAGAGCCGCCCAAGCUCUUCGAAACGUCAGCAAGACACCCGAGGAGGAAGUGGGCGACGAAGGUCGUGGUGACUACGACUGUUGACCAGGGCGAUGUUGUUGUUGUUGUUGUUUACUCAAGUGUAUGUUCCUCAUUGGGGGGGUUUUAUUUGCGUUAUGCCAGCCAAAGGCGUCUAGAUGCACGCUGUACGCGAGGAGAACUCCGGUAGGGAGGGGGGGGGAGGGGAGGGAAACGUAUUUGGAUGCGUGUGCGUGGACGUUUGUCAGCCCCGGCGCAAAGCAGACCCAUCUAAUGUGUCCUCAGAGUCAACCGGACGCGCUGUAAACAAAAAAAGUGAAAAAGGACGCAGGCAGUUGUCGUUGUCGCCAAUUCAGGACAGCUGUGCAUACUGGCGACUUUUUAAUGCAACCCCAGUGGAGCUGGACACAGCGACAGCUUCACCUGUGCUAACUGCGGUUUGCCUAAGUUGCCUCUCUCUCGUCUUUUUUCUUCAUUUGGGCAUCCUUCUUGAGACGAGAUUCGCCUGCUUCAUCAGAGGUACGCAAUCCUUUGAGACUGUCUCAUGGAAAUCGCAUUUUCGCUUGUAUCGCCACAAUGGUCGGUAGGUAAUACGUAGUUUGUCGGUCACCGUCCUUUGGUUAAUUGAAAAGGUCGGAUCUUAUUUCGUAGCCGUACUUGCAGUAGACAAGCCCGAGCCUAACUCGAAGGAAAAAAAGAUUAUUUUAUCGACCGUUCUAAUCUGGAACUGAAGUUCUACUUUUGCAUUAGACGACACUUCUAACUGCCGCCAUUAAAGUCACAAGCACUCUCAUUAAAGAUGCGUGAGUACGCAUUUGUCCUCGCACAAAGCGUUUUUUUUUCACGAAUUCUGUGUCAUUCUCUGCUCUCAGUAGCAUACAAGUCCAGUUGUUGCUGGGGGUGGUUUGUCCACUGUGGAUAACGAGGUCCACAACUUUUCUGAGGUCGUAGUGUUGGCUUGCGGCCCAUGCCUAUCGCACACAGCACACCAUGCAACCAGAUGCCGUCGAAGCACAGUUUUGACAUUAGCAAGACGCGCGCAUGUGAUUUUCCGCCCGUCAUACUUACUCUGACAAAUUGCGUUGCAUGAUUGCUGCCUAAGUGAUGGAUGAUGCUUUGUCGAUCGUUGAGGUGUGCGCGUGUGUGUGACGGGAUGACUUGUACCUUAUUAAAGUGUGCAUGUGUAGUGUUGUGAUAUGCCUCUGUGCCCCCCAAACGGGCCACGUGUUAGAUGCGCUGGACCAACACGGGGGCCACAUCGGAUUCUGGCAGGCGUUAUCUUUGCGCAAUAAGAAAUGCCAACAUCUAGGGGGUGCGCUGGCAGACCCUGUUGUCGGUAGUCGUCGCACAACUGGGACCACUGCCACCACCCCAUUGUUCUGUGGGUCAAAAUCCUGGCCAUUUUUUGAGAUUACCAGGAGUUUCGGAGUGGAGCGCCAAGGCGAGGAUCCGUCCAAGCCAUCCACCUGCGGCCUCCCUCGUCUCCGGUCUUCAUGACCCUGUCUGGACACCGGGCUUAGGCGGGGGGGGGAGGAGAGAGUGUGGUAGAUUCAGCGCAAGUCUACUGGCACUUUAACCCCCCCCCGCAAGUCACCGUCCCUGCUCCCACCACCUGCUGUGGGGCAUACGGUGAACAUCGUCGAAAUCGACGGCGGAACUCUCGUGGCAUGCCUCCAAAAGGGGGUCGCGUGGUAGGUGCGCUGGACCAACACAGGGGCUUUGUCGGAGUUUGACAGACGUUAUGGGGUAAGCGCGUCCACAUUGGGGUCUGUUAACACGUCUAGUAGGAGGCCCGUGCCACGCCAGUUGGAAUCCGUGCUGCCGUGCCCCUCUAUAACUUUUUUCUUGGGUACGUUGUGGACCGGGGGCUCUGAUGGUACGCUAAGGUGCUGGUUUACGCCGUACCAGCCGUCUACGUACUCUUCCGCCACUGGUAUUCUCAGCCCUAUCUUGAUACCGGGCCCAGAUUGUGGAGGGGGAGAAGAUGGGCGUGUGGUAGAUGCUGCUCAAGUUCACCAUCACUGUGGACUAUCUCACGCGCAACUCAAUAUGCCUAUUCUUACCCCCCCCCCCCUGUGGGGCACACGGUGAACACCGUCGGCAGCGACGGUCGAACUGUCGCUGUGCGGUAGAGGUUGAUGUCGACGACUCAGCUCAGUUUCCUCACUAUAAACAACCUGACGCGCUCCAGACUAUCACAGCGCAAUAAAAGGCGUGACCUUGAUGGUUGCGAGCUGACGGCUCAACCCAGACCUCGCAAUCAGCCCAUUUGUGUAUGUGGAGUGGCCGACUGGUGGACUGCGAGUCAGGCUGCAACGGCUCCUUCUUCAUGUGGCCUCUAUGGCACUUAAGCCCUGUACGACUCUAACUGCCCCUUUUUCCUUCAUCUUGUACUUUGCGGACCAGGGAGUGCGAUCGGGGGCACUUUUAGGAGAACCUGUGGUAAAUCCUCACAGGCAUGACCACACAUUUCCCCCAUAAACACAUGCUCCACCAAAAUCCCACGUCUCUGGCACCUCUCACGUAAAUGGGAAGUGUGCAUUUCGGCUCCUUUAUACAUGUGGCUCCUACUGCUGCAUGUGAAAUCCGAGCGUUCUGCGCACGUUUUAGGGGCUGGGUCGUGCACGUGGUGCGCGCAGACGAGCUCUCUAGCUUUGUCAGCCCCGCACCAGACAUCUGACCAGCUCGGAUAGUGGCCGGAGCCUGGGAAUGAAAAUAGAGAGUGUGAGGUUGACGACUCAGCGCACUGUCCUCACUAUAAACAACCGGACGCCCUUGAGACUACCACAGUGCGCUAGAAGCCGUGGCUUGAAGGGUUGCCAACUGACGGAAUAACUCGGACUUCGCAGUCAGCCCAGUGUGUUUUUGUGCGGAGUGGCGGACCGGUGGACCGGGAGUCAGGCUGUAAUGGCUCUUUCUUAAUGUGGCCUCUAUGGCGCUACCACUUCGUGGGAUCCGAGCCGGGUGUGGCGGCACGCCUAGGUGCGGCUCCGGCCACACUGGCCACCUGCGUCCUCUCCCACCUCAGGUCUUCUCGACUAUGUCUUAAUAUCAGACCCAGAUGGAGGAGAAGGGAGAAUGCGGUAGAUGAAGGGAAAGUCAUCGUCCCUGUUCUCACCCUGCUGUGGAGCGCAUGGUCGAAAUCGGCGGCUAAACCGUCACGCCAAGCCCGUUGUACCUGCGGACAGCCUUUCCAGGUCGUUUGAUCGAUUUUCGGGUGCUUCAGAGGGAUUAUCAGUGUCAUGUUGUGCCGCCUUUCAGCAGGCGCCUGGCGCUCAUCACUGACGCUUCACUGUGGCGCACAUUAACCAUCUUGCCACCUGUGCAAUGGUUUCGCCGUUUGCAUAAACCCAUCUGAGGCGUGUCGAACUUCGCUAAACCGCGGUGCUGGGGGGCGGCCUUUUUUGCAUCAGCGAAAGUGAUAUGGGGCAGAUCUUCACUUUUCGUUGCUUUUUUGCCUUCGUCGGGCAGCGAAGGUCACUCCGUCCGUUCCAUAAUGUUCUCCCAUCCGCAUUGCUCUUGAAAAUACGGUGGGCGGGCCACCUCAUGAACUGUCAACAGGAAUUCCGAAAUACCUUUUCGUUUCGAAAAGAUUAAUCAGGCCGGGUUUUAAAGCCAAUCAUCGUGCAAAAUAAUUCUAUAAUAAUUCAGUUACCUCAGGAUGCCUGCUUUCAAGCAAACUUCUUUUGGGCUGCAUGAAGGAAUACACUCUGUAAAAACUGACUGCUUAAGUAGCAUGCAUUUUUCUCAUUGGUUUUCGAUACCCUUAGAAAGGCAAUUAUUUUUCAUAGAAAACAUGCAUAAAAAUAUUCAUUAUUUUUCUCAUUCCGUAGAAUAUUACGUCUUCUGUCAAUUCUACACUCAAAGAAAGGAUUUACUUCGGCUUUAAAAAACUUCCAAUUCCCGAAUAAUUUUGAACUCGACCUGCCGUUAACCUUGCAUUCGGGGUUUCCAAACUAGAAGCCGUAUAUUUUUUGCGUACGGAAGACCGUAAAUUUCUCUACGGUAUUCAGAGGAGAUCAUAUGGGGUCAAUGGAAUAUAGCAGUGGAUUUGAGCCACAUUGCUAACAUUGAAAGCGACACUAGUAAAUACAGAGACAUGACGUUUUAUAAACGGCCAUUUCGCGGUAUUAAAAGAUCUCACAAUUAGAAACUUUUUUAAAACUAAAUUAUACCCUUCCUUCGACAAUAAAAUUGAAAGAAGACGUAAUUUCCUACCGAAGGAGUAGAAAAUUGAAUAUUUUUAUUCAUCUUUUCUAUGAAAAAUAAUUGACUUUCUAAGGGCAUCAAAACUCAAAGAGAAAAUGCAGGCGACUUAAGUAGUUAUUUUUACAGAGAUUAGUUCAUGCAUGCAGCCGAAAAGGAGUUCCUUCUGAAGCCGGCAUCCGAAUUGUGAUAGAAUUAUGCUGCAAGAUAAUUAAUAUUACAACCCUAUUUGAUUAAACUUUUCGAAACGAAGAGGUAUUUCGGAAUUUCUGUUGACAUUUCAUGGGUUAGCCCACCCACUGUAGCUCCAAAACCCGACGGUUAUUUUCUUGUCUGUAGCUUUCUCGAAAUCUUGAGGCAUUCGUCUUUCCCACAUUUCUCAGAGGUUGAGUCGAUUCGCGCCGCCGUUUUGCGAGAGGUCCGUUGCACUGCAGUCAUCGUCUCUACAGAGUCACGUCACGAGGUUAGCAUUUGGUGUUGUUGACGUCCUCACAGGCUGCGGAUGGGUCCCUAACGCACCCGGUUCCGCCCUUCGUAAUCUGAAAUUCCUGAAGCAACCGUCUGAACUGAACAGUGAUACGCUCUUCUUGGGUUGACGGCCGUUGACGACUGCCUUGUUGAUCGUAAAGGUUAUUGUCUCGUCGGCGUUCCGCGUAUCCGUGGAUUUUUUGAAUUCGCUAGUCCUCCACUCAUUUGGCCUUUUCGACAACCGCACUCGAAUGCAUGCGUCGUCUUGUGUGGUUUGUCUUUUUUACGAAGAGUAAAUCUCGUACUUCUUUGUCAAACCGUUCUGCAGUUCCUGUUCACGCAGAUGCUUAAAUCUAUUAUGGUCUGUCCAUCUCUACUGUUGUAAAUGCUGGGCUUUGCGCGUGGAGGACGAGCGAAAACUGGAGGUAUUUAAUCACCACUGCUUGAGGACCAUCCUUCGAGUGAAAUUCACCGACUUCGUCUAAAAUGCGACAGUCCGCGCUCGCUGCGACAACAUCGGAAAGAUAACUUAGGCCAUCCACGAAAGACGACUGAGGUGGUUUGGGCAUGUUCUUCGUCGUCCACCUCAGGAGCUCAGUGUUACUGCCCUCGAUCCGGCACCGUUGCCCCAUUGGAGGCGUCGAAGAGGGGGUCAGCUCAAAACCUGGCUCGACACAGUUCGUCAAGACAUGGAGGUGGUGCUUGGACCUUCGGUAUUCGGUCUCUGUCGUUGGCGAAGAGGAUAGAUUGUGCUGUCCAGAUCUGCUGCCGAGGAUCGUCACGCGUGGAGAGGUACAGCUCGUCACAUCACCGAGGCCGGCUAAAUCAGGCAUGAUCGCAGCCGUAUAAAGUACAAGUAGUACCGCUGACUGUCUUGUUGGUCCUAAAGGUUAUUUUCUCGUCGGCCUUCCGCUUAUCCAUGGAUUUUUUUUAACUUUGCUAGUCAUCCAGUCUUUUGGCCUUUUCGACAACCGCACUCGGAUGUAUGCGUCGUCUUGUGUGGUUUGUUUUUGUUUUCACGAAGAGUAAACAUCAUACUUACUUGUCAAACCGUUCUGCAGUUCCUGUAUAGCGGGAUGUUCACUCAGAUGCUUAAAUCCAUUAUCUUCCUAGUACUAUCCAACCCUGCGAUAUUUAACUUACAGAGGGAGGCCUAUCACAUGAAGUGUUAACCGAAAUUUCGAAAUGCGGUUGGAAAUUACUUAAGCGAGGUCGUGAUAUUGAUUAUUAUCCUCCAUAAUCUGAAGAGAUUUAAGUCAUGUCACGAUUCCGGCCUUUGAGUGUGUUUGUUCGCGGACGCUUGCAGAAGCUAAUUUCUGUAGAAAGUUACUACUUAAGUAGUACGGACUUUCCCUACCGACUUUCGAUACCCUUAUAAGUUCAAAUAUAUCCUAUAGAAUUCACAUACAGCAGUAUUCUUCCUUGCACUCGUCUGGUUGCAAAGCACGCCUUCGAUUUUUUCUCACUUAUAGAAAAGGUAUCUUCCGGUCUUAAAAAAGCUUGUAAUCAUGGGGUUCUUUUAAGACGGCUAAGUGUUCAUCCCUACAGCACUUUAUCUGUCCGCCUACCGAUGCUGCUUUUGAAGUACGCAAUGUGGUCCACAUCCAUUGCUAAAUGUUAUGGGCUCUAUAUGAUAUCUUAAUGUCGGGGAAAAAUGUAUGAUUUUUCCGGCAUGCGCUUUGGAAGUCUUAAACGCAAGUGAAACCGGAGGUCGGAUUCAAAACUAUUCGAAAACGGGGAGCGUUUCUGAAAAUCCCCUUAUCAAAUAUGCGCAUUGACGGAGGCGUGUUUUUAUGCGAAAUGAGUGCUUGUUUUCUACUGAGAGACAUGCUUGAACCUCCAGGGGCGUCGAAAUUAAAUGAGAAAAAUUCAUACUACUUAAGCGGCCAUUUUCUGCCGAGUGGAAGGAGGCGCACUCAAAAGUCGCGUGUGUGCCAAUCGAUAUCAACGCCACCUAAGUAUCCCUCCAAAUCGAUAACACGUUUCAUCCUGCUUCCGGACUGAGUUAUCUCGUCAGCCGGCAACCCUCAGGGCUGCAUCUGUGGGCAUGUCAUACAGCGCGCCGUGAGAAGGCUUUGCGUACACUCCUCUCUCACACCGAACCUGUCGGACGACUGGCACACCUGGACGUGGUGUGAGGCCUCCGUAUACUGCGUGCGACGUGCAUGCUGCGGCGUGCCCAUAAAUCAUUGUGGCUGCGGCCUAGCGCCGGUUCCUGCCGAGGGGGGGAGGCUGAAGCUGCUCUGCUGCUUCUCCAUCCGCAUUGAACGUUGUGAAGCUGCCGACAGCGGUCAUCUGACUCCGGAGGCUUCAGUCUCUGCCGCAAACUGCGGUUAAAUCCGGGUUUUAGUCCUGGUGGCUGGUAGAUGUUUUUUUUCCACCAACAAACUGCAUAUCUGUGUAACUUGUACUUGAUACGGCCGCGAUCAUGCCUGAUUUGGCCGGCCUCGGUGAUGUCACGAGCUGUACCUCUCCACGCGUGACGAUCGUCGGCAGCAGAUCUGGACAGCACAAUCUAUCCUCUUCGCCAACGACGGAGACCGAAUACCGAAGGUCCAAGCACCAUCUCCAUGUCUUGACGAACUGUGUCGAGCCAGGUUUUGAGCUGACCCCUCUUCGACGCCUCCAAUGGGGCAACGGUGCCGGAUCGAGGGCAGUAACACUGAGCUUCUGAGGUGGACGACGAAGAACAUGCCCAAACCACCUCAGUCGUCUUUCGUGGAUGGCCUGAGUUAUCCUUUCGAUGUUGUCGCAGCGAGCGCGAACUGUCGCAUUUUAGACGAAGUCGGUGAAUUUCACUCGAAGGAUGGUCCUCAAGCAGUGGUGGUCAAAUACCUCCAGUUUUCGCUCGUCCUCCACGCGCAAAGCCCGGCAUCCACAACCAUAGAUAAGGACAGAUGCACGGUACACGCGAAUCUUAGUGGCGAUGUGGAGGUCACGUCGGAUCCAUUGACACUUUCCGAUGCUUUGGGAAAACCCAGCGGGCAGCAUCGGUUCGGGAGACAAUGUGCUCCUUACUCUGCCCAUUCGGCAGCAGCUUCGCCCUGAGGUAUUUAAAACUGUCUACUUCUUCAAGUUGACAGCCAUCGGUACCGAAGGGUGCCAUCUCCUGUUCAGGGAUGCAGCUUGAAAACGCUUUAGUUUUCCCAGCGUUUAUGGAUAAACCGACCGAUUUGGCGACUUCGUUCACCCGUGAUAACAUAGACUUCAGAUCGCCAAAACUUGAAGCAAGUAAGGCGAUGUCAUCGGCAUAGUCGCGAUCAGUAAGUCCGUGUCCGGGUGCAAAUUCAACACCGUCAUCUUCGUGUAGGGCCCUCCCGAGGAUCCAGUCCAUAGCAUAGUUGAACAGAAUGGACGACAGGAUACAACCCUGUCGAACGCCAGACCGAAAACCGAACGGUUGGGUAAGAUUGUUGCGGACCAGUACUCUCGCAAUAGUGGAGCGAUAAUAAGCCUUGAUCAUGGUGAUUAUUUUUGCCGGUACACCAUCUAGCGCCAUUAUCCGCCACAGGGACUCACGGUGAACGGAAUCGAACGCGGCGGCAAAGUCAAUGUAGCAGACGGCCGUGGGUUGUUGGCAGCUAUGACGAAAUUCGAGAAUGCUCCUCAGUGUGACUACCUGGUUCGCGCAUCUACGUCCAGCACAAAAUCCGGCUUGGUUGGGCCUCGUCCUUGAGUCACGCACAGCCAGGAAUCGCCUGAGUAGGACAAAAGCGAGGAUCUUCGUAGCACCGUCGAUGAGUCUUAUGCCGUGGUAGUUCUCGCAUCUUUUCUUAUCUCCCUUCUUGAGGAUAGGUACAAGGAUGCCUAAGCCUCGGUCAUAAGGAAAAACCUCGUCUCUCCAUGCUUGUUUGGUCACACCAUGGUGCCAGGGCACCAGAGUGUCGAUACAAGACUUGAAGAUUUCAGCGGGUAUACAGUCCUCUCCGAGUGCCUUAUUGUUGCGUAGCUUUCGUAUGGCAUCGACGACUUCUCCUUCAGAGGGGGGUCGCAUGGCACUGUAUAGGUGGGGGAGGGAAGGAAUUCCGCUGAUGACGACAGCAAGGACGUGGUGGGUUUGAUAUCGAAGUUGAGAUGAAUCUCGAAGUGCUCACGCCGACGCUAGACUUUGGCGCAGUUUUCAGCAAUAAAGCCGCCAUUCACGUCGCGAACAGGGUCACUUAGUGUAAAGAAAUUACCACAUACUUGGUGGAUCAGACGGUAGAGUUUUCGAGUGUCAAUGACUUUCGAGGCCUGUUCCAUGGAGGUCGCUUUUUCAGCCCAAUAUUGCUUCCGGUCAUCCCUGGCCGAUUUUGCUGUCAUCUUCCAGAGUUGGCGGAGGUAGUCGUCGUUGCGGGACCUGGCUUGAGCCGUCUGAGCAGACAACUGCAGAGUUCUUUCGCUGAUCCAGUCUCUUCAGCGUCGCUGGGUGUAUUCAAGGAUUUUUUCAGCCGCCCCGUGCACUGACGUCUUCAGUGGCGACCACUGGUUAAAGUUGUGUGUAAUGUUGUGUGAUCACUAGUUCAAAGGCGCGCCUGAUUGAUUUGCCUGAAUAGUUUCACCGUCUUGAUGCUUAUCUGCCGUAGUCAACCAGUCUCUGUCGGCAAAUGCAGUUGAAUUCGAAUUUGAGUCCUGGUGGCUGGCAGAUGUCUUUUUUUCCAUGCCCGUUUCUGUCCCUACAUCCUGAGGAUUAUUGUUUUUUUGCCGGUCUUCUGGUUGUGGCAUGAGAAAAUGGUCAGUUUUCCGACUCUUGACUGUUCUCACGGACGAAGCUGACCUGCACCGUCCAUCCCUGCUCCCACUCCCCUCCCCCCGCGUUCUCUAGGUCACGAAACGAUUUCACGUUUUGUUCUAUCAACAAAACCGCGCCUGUUGUAUGGUGUACCCGCACAGAUGCCCAGCGGUCGUUGGUUCAAAGGCCUACGUGGUUUCACCACCUCGAUGACAUUACAGUCUCUGUCCGGUAGUCUGAAGGCAAAGAGGUCCGAUUCCGGCCUGUCUACCGUCGUCAACCAGUCGGAUGGGUUGAGAUUUGUGUCUGGGCCUGUUGAUUAUCAGGCAUUUGCGCCCACACAUCGACGCACGAACAUUCUGGAUCGCGCUUUGAGAAGCGGGGGAGGGGACGUACACCGACCCCUCCCAAUUUCCUGACGAAAGUGCCCGAUUGUAGUUUCUUUAGUGUCGGCUAGGGGCCCUGCACCUGUGACACUGCAAACAUGGCGCUCUUUUUUACGUGUUUUCACUUCGCCUGGAGCGCAUGAAGAGAAGAUCGGUGCUGCGUAAGUCGCCACUCUCCUCCCCAAGUGUGAGUGAACACAUUCUUACUGCUUGACAAGUGACCGCUUCGAUCCUCUUCUUCUUCCACUCAUGCCUGACUGUUUGUUGGACUUGAGGAUGCCUUAAUGGUGACGAUUUCCCUCACAUAUUUACCCCCAGAAGCCUCUUAAACGGCCUCUGUGGUAGCAAUAGACCCAAAUGGGGCCCUCACAGACCCCAAGUGCACGCUAAACGGGUUGCAAGAGGCCAAAAACGCUAUUCACGCAUGCACGUGGUAAACGUAGACGGAGGCUUCACGCCAUGCCAGUCACGCGCCUGACCUCAUUUCGGAUCGAUUCCAUUCGGACUCUCUGUCAUGGAGUUUAUGUGGUGCUCACAACAGAAAACCCAAAUAUCUAUCAAGCUUUCACGGUCUGUGUUUGAAUCAUAGUUCAGAAGGCUCCAACCGAUCCGGGCCAGGCCGCUUCUUAAUUUGGCACUUUUUGCUGUUCCCACGUACGUGAGAUGCGCGGACUUUUGUCAAAGCCAGAUUCACGCGCAGCUGGGAGCCAGCGCGUGUGUGUGGUUCGCGUAGACACGAGAUCAGCCAUUGCGUCCGCUGUGAUCUCAGGUCUUAUUUGAAUCUUCCGAUCUGGAGGGGCAGAUGAGCGAAAUGAAAGGCAGGCCACCCCUGUGCCCUCUAGAAAAUACUUGUCCUUAACGACAUUAAUUAACGAACUUUUGACUUACACUUAAUUCUGCACACAUGGUUGAGCCAAAACCAUUGACGAUGCGCCUCUUCGCCAGACCCUUAAGGUCUGCUCCAAGCACAUCUGUAAGGUACUGUCAACAGUUCCCAUUCACCUUGGCAGUAUCGAGCUCUAGGUUUCCUUAUCGUCUUUAUGCAUAAGUCGUUCAGUCAUGCAAUUUGUGACUACACUUAUCGUAUUUCGGCGGUAUGGUCUGUUUGAUAGGUGGAAUUGUAGUGAGACGACGGCGUAAUACAUUCAAUUGCAGGCCUUAUCAAGACCAAACUCAAAUCUGUUCCCACUUAGCUCAUCUCUUCCUUCUCCCCCAUUUUCCCUCUGUGUUCCCCUACAUCUAGGCUCCUUUUGGCACAUUACCGACCCGCAUAUCGACCAAAAUUACAGUUGCCAGGGUGACCUCGGCAACUACGAAUGCGAUUCGCCUCUCACUCUGUGGAUAUCUGCGCUCAACAACACGAGGCGAUUAAGGCAGCAACCUCCGGAUUUUGUGAUAUUCUCAGGGUUCGUUUUACUACUGCUGCCGUCCUUUGUUUGCACCGAUCCCAGCAUUAUUAUUAUUAUUACUGUUACCGUAGUCACCACUACCACCACCACCACCACCACCACCACCACCACCACCACCACCACCACCACCACCACCACCACCACCACCACCACCACCACCACCACCACCAUCAUCAUCAUCAUCAUCAUCAUCAUCAUCAUCACUGUCAGCAUCGCUAUCAUCGUCAUAACCACCACCACCGCCGCCGCCGUCGUCGUCAUCACCAUCGUGUUUCCUUCGUUUUUCUUCUAA